GAGUGCGCAGAAGAAGAGAAGUUUGUUUGUUUGUUUGUUUGUUGCACGUACCUUGCCUUACCCUACCUUAACUUCUGCACGCAAAUAUGACGUCGAGUAGUAGGGGAUGCAGUCGAACUGCGCAGAGAUUAUUAUAUUCCUCAAGACCAGCCUUCGUUCCUCGAACGCCUCUCCGUACCCGCACACCAUGUAUACCAGCACCCGGCUCGCGAAGUUAUGCGGUCGCUGCUUCGACUUUUAAACCUCUCGAUGGGCCUUCCUCUCACCUCCCACAUGUUUCCUCCAUGCCUCCUGUCUCCCCUUCCCCGGGAGCAACGACGUAUAAAAUUUCGACCGGGAUUAUCCUCAGUCGGCCUCCGCUCCUCACGGAAACCGCCACGCCUUUCGAAAAAGCAUUUUAUCUCUACCAGAAACGGUUGAAUGAGAGAUUGGUCUUGCCAUUCACGAGAUACUUUUAUCACAAGAAAGAUCAACCGGCGGAUCUGGAAUGGAAGGCGAAGGUUAAGGAGAGGAAUGGGGUUGCGGCGAGAGAUAUUGGAGGGUAUAGGGCUUAUGGGGAAGAGGGCUGGAAUGAUGAAGUGUUGAUUGGGGGACAAGAGGAAAAAGUGGCGGAGUGGGAUAAUAUUGCGGGGAAGUUGGUGGAAGAGGGGAUGGGAGAGGAUUUGGAAAAGGUGAAGUUGGAGAGUAGAGAGGGAGAGGCGGAUAAGAGGAGUUUGGCGAGGAAGAUGGAUGAGACGGUUUACUUGGUUGUGAAGGGGAAGGAGAAGACGCUGGAUAGGGAGGGCAAGGAGGUAAAGGUGGAUGUUUGGGAGUUUCCGAGGGGGGAUAUGGUGGGGAAUGAGGUUUUGCAUACGGCAGCUCAAAGAAUUCUUGCCCAAACAGCAGGCGAAAAUAUGAACACAUGGAUAGUAGGACAUAUCCCAAUUGGUAGCCUCACCAUCAAACCCUCAAAGAAGUUUGGAAGAGAAGCAGAAAAGGUAUUUUAUAUGAAAGGAAGAAUUAUGGCGGGACAAGCGGAUCUUAAGGGGAAUGCAUUUGGAAAGGAAGAUUUCAUGUGGUUGACGAGGAAGGAGAUUGAGGAGUUGGUUACGAAGAGGUUUUGGAGUCAGGUGGGUGGGAUGUUGGGGGGUAGGUAAAGAGAGGUGUGGAUGAAGAAUAUUUGGGUCUGUUUGUCCCAAUGGAAGAAUAUCUGUAUCGGUAGGGGUAUUGAAAUGGAUGGGAAUGGAAAUGGGAAUGGGAAUGGAAAUAGGGAUGAGAGAUGGAUGAUGAAAUCUUAUGCGAAAGAUUUUAUUCAUACGAAAGAAAGAGAAAAUGGAGAAGAUGGAGUAGAAGAUGAAUAUUAUAUUAUAUUGUAGAAUAGCAUAGCA